GCAGACUUAGCCAACUACCUAUCUGGUGUAGUCAGGUAUAGAUUAGUGGGCUGUCCACUGUAUUGACCACAUCGUAUCGUUCAACAGUUCACAGUUUGCAGCAUUCUCUUAAAUGCGCCCUUUACAGUGUCCGUCCUUUACGCUCCAUCUAACCACUGGUUUCCAGCAAACUUAGAGCAGAAAAAGAAAUGGUAGCUCAAAAGGCAACGAGCGGAGAGUUACUCGAAAAAGUUCGUGAAAUUUUCUGUGAUGUUACUGGUUUAGAUGCAGACGAAGUCGAGGAAGACUCAGAAUUAGAUGAGCUUGGAGUCGACACUAUCUUGGCCAAAGAGCUGGCACGGAAGCUCAGUGGAUUCUCUGGUCGCGCGGUAGAGAGCAGCCGGAUCCUGGAAUCGGAAAAUUUCAUAGGUGUUGUUCACUACAUACAGUCCAUUCUCGAUAUCGGAAAUGAAACAACAAGUGGUAAUGACAAAGAGACACCAUCCAGAAAACAGGCAAAGGAUCCAAGGUCCGCUGCCACCAAUGAUACUCUUCCAGCUUCUGUAAUUCAAGAGGCUUUCAGUUCAACAAAGAAAAUCACAGAUGAACUCAUUGUCGAUGGCCAUAUGGGGAAUUACUGUGGCGAGGUGAUGCCCAGAUCAACAGAGCUCUGCAUAGCAUAUCUGGUUGAAGCAUUCGAGCAGCUUGGCUGUAGCAUCCAGUCAGCAAAGCCAGGAGAUAAGCUCAAACGCGUUCCAUAUUUACCGAAAUAUGACAAAUUCAUGGACCUCUUCUAUGAACUGCUCCGCGAACAAGCUCUGAUAGAGAUGGAUGGGUCCGAAAUUGUCCGAGCAGCACAAAGUUGUCCAACCAAAUCAGCGACCGAAUUGCUCGAAGAUUUACUUCAAGAUGAGCCCUCUCAUGCGCCAGAGUUUAAUCUUGUACAGGUGACUGGACCAUCGUUAGCUGAUUGCCUAUCUGGCAAGCAAGAUGGAAUCGCACUCAUCUUCGGCACAGCCCAGGGCCGCCAACGGGUUUCAGAUCUCUAUGCCCUAUCUCCAAUCAAUCGCGUCUGGAUAGAACAGCUUGCCUAUUUCCUGGAACAGCUCGUUAAGAGAGUGCCUCAAAAUGGGCAACCGCUAAGAAUCAUGGAGCUGGGAGCGGGAACCGGCGGCACAACAUCAACGGCGAUACCUGUCUUGGCGCGGCUCGGAGUGCCUAUCGUCUAUACCAUGACGGACAUUUCAGCCUCCUUAGUGGCUGCUGCUAAAAGAAAGUAUCGCGAAAACCCAUUUAUGCAGUUCAAGGUGGUCGAUGUUGAAUCACAACCUGACCCGGAGCUAUUACGCAGUCAACACAUCAUUCUCUCUACAGCGUGCAUCCACGCGACGCGGAGCCUUCCAGUUUCACUGAAGAAUAUUCAUAGUAUGUUACGGCCGGACGGGUUUGUGAUGCUCUUGGAGCAAACACAGCAAAUUCCAUGGGUGGAUUUCGUUUUUGGGCUCUUGGAAGGUUGGUGGUUGUUUGAAGAUGGGCGUCAUCAUGCACUUGCGCCUGUUACUCAUUGGGAGAAAAUCAUGAAGCAAGUGGGCUUCGGCAAUGUGGACUGGACGGCAGGGGAGCGUCCAGAAGCAGGAUUGCAGCGCUUGAUUAUUGGGUAUGCGAGUUAGCGGUUCUGUAGAUUCCGCAUUGAAUUUGAGGGGCUUCAGCUUUCGGAGGUCUGAAUACAACUGGCUUGAAUGCUAUUUGCGCCUCAGAAGUAUUGUGUAUACCCGAGGGCUUUGUCCUUAAGAUACAUAACUACAAUAUAUGAGAUAUCUCCGGUUUAGUAAAACAAGAAUUCGAAC